AAUGCUACAAUCCAUAAAUUGUAUAAGCCAAGAAAAAAGAGUUUUUUUUUUGAUGUUUUAUCGCGGUCCAUUAUUUGUCUAGUAACUAUUUCACUUGACACCGCCCACCAUAAUUCAGCGAUAGAAACUUGACUCCAGCAUCGAAAUUUUAUGAACUAAGAGAGCCACUGUUGCCUAUUUUCCAGUUCCUACUUCAACAAAUUGACAAAUGACAUUUACCUCAACGAAGUGACAUAGUUAGCCAAUAUGUCUAACCAGAUAUAUAACAUUCCGACAAUCCCUCCUGAUUUGUGGCAGGAAGAUACCAUCAUUCAAAUUGCUGACACAUUGCAGUACCUGUAUCAAGUGACUGAUGAUAUUUUCGACCGCAUCAGCAACAAAGUCAACGACAACCUUCAGCGCCUGGACAAAGUAAACAACCGGGUCGGCAUAGCGCAAGCCAAAGUCGAGAAGCUGAAGGGCAGCAACAAAGCGACCAGGGUGUUUGCUUCUGCCAAGUUUCCUUCCACUGAAUACCUCGACGAAUACAACAGCUUGUUCCGAGAUAGACAGAAUCUAAAAGUCCUGAAGAAAACACACUCAAAGCUGCAGGGAAACAAACACAUCGUGGUCGACGAGAAAGUGCUGAAAGAGAAAUUACAGUUCUACAAUGUUCACAUUAAUUUGAAAAGUAAACAGCGUGAGGGUGAGGGUGAAGGACUUGGUCGACUGCCCCACAACAUUCCAUCUAUAUCAACCCUGCUGCUCUUUAAUACUUCUGAAAAUCUUUACAAGAAAUAUGUGAUGCUUGAUCCUCUGGGUGUGGUGACAAAGACACGCGAAGAUAUUGGAGAGGAGGAUGGUCUGACUGAAGCUCCAAGCAGUAUUGCCAAAAAUGAGGAGAUUAAACGAUUGGAAGCUGACAACUAUUUCUACGUCCCCAGUAUUGGCAAUGUUCCAGAAAUUACUGCCCCAACUUCCUUACCUGAUUUACCAGGUGUUGCUGAUGAUGUCUCCUACAUGGCCGAUUUGGGCCCAUCUAUUGCUCCCUCCGUACCCAGUAGCAUGCCUGACCUGCCCACCAUUGGGGAAUCUGAUAGCCUUGACUUUGACAAGCCUUCGCUGUCCACAACCGAGCUUCCAAGUGCGGCUGGAGGCCGUGCCACAGUCGCCAACAGCACGGCAUCGCCCAUGCCACCGUCCCCCUCGGUUCCACCUCCCCCUCCCCCACCACCACCGCCUUCCGCAACGUCACCACCGCCACCUCCACCGCCGCCACCACCACCACCAGCAGUAUCCAACGGAGGACCGCCACCUCCUCCGCCACCCCCGCCUCCGGAACCCAGCCCCGAAGCCGAUGAGCCUUCUGAGAAAAGCAGCGCCGGUGACGCGAAGCCGGCAAGCACGGACAGCCGGUCGAACCUGAUGGCGUCGAUCAGAGCAGCAGGAGGCAAGUCCAAGCUGAAGAACGUCAAGGAGUCGAAGAGUGGGAAGAAGAGCAAAGACAAGAUGGACACCCUUGACGACGGUGGCGGCGGGGGUGGGGGUGGCGGGGGCGGAGACCUGAUGGGGGACCUGAUGAAGAAGCUGUGCAUGCGACGGCGGGGCAUCUCUGGAAACACCAGCAAGCCCGCCGCCAGCAAGAAAAGGAGCCACCGUCGACCAACGGAGGGAAUGUCAUGGACAAGAUAUCGGCCAUGAUUCCACCGCCGAUUCCUAAGAUAGCCGAAGAUGACGAGGACGACUCUGACAGUGAUUUUGACUGAGAAAUCCCUAUUUAAUUUUAAGUCCCUCGAAAUUCUCUCCAGAUUUUUAAAUUAAAUUCAAACGAACAUGUGAUAUCCUUUGUUUAUCAAUGACAGCAAUAUCAGCCACAUUAACAUGAAUGAGAAAAAAAAUAACACACAUCAAUCCCUUUAAUAAACAGCAAAAAAAAAGGUUUCUUUUCUUCCUCUUU